AUGAUUCAUUCUACAAUGUUUGAAGAAAACGAAAGAACUCCACUUAUGAACAAGGUAGAAGCAUCAGCAGCAGCAGCAGCAUCAACAAUAGAUGGAUCAACAACAGAAAAACAAACUCUCGAUGAGUCAUCCAAUAAAUCUGAAAGAAAUUUCACACCAGUACAGGCCCUAGGCAACACAAUUAAAGCCUUUGGUGGGGCUGGAGCCUUUGCAUUACCAUGGGCAAUGUCACAAGCAGGAAUAUUUAUAGGAUCUAUAGGAUUGGUAUUAAUAGCAUUAUUGGCCAAUUAUACAAUGACCAUUCUAUUAAAAUUCACCAUGAGUAUUUGUAUCGCCUAUCUUAUCUUGAUCGGCUCCAACUUUGAAAUGUUGACCAGUAAAGCUCUCAGUUCAUCCACUUGUAUUUGGAUUCUAUUUCCAAUUGUAUUAUUACUCACUUUUUUAACUGAUAUGAAAUAUUUAGGAUUUACAAGUAUAUUUGGAGCAGGUGCAUUGAUUUUAGCAAUGAUUACAGUGAUAUCAUAUGGUAUUAAAGAUUAUUCAAUUGAACCACUGUCAGAAUACAAGGUUGAUUAUGCAAACAUUCCACUUUGGUUUGGUGUUGCUGCAUUCUUUUUCUGUAAUCAUAUCGUUGUUAUUCCAAUUAGUCAUGCUUCUGGAGACUGUCGUCGUUACCCACGUGUAUUGGAUGCUUCAAUGCUUUUCAUUACCAUCUUUAAUGUACUUUUUGCCAUACUCGGUUACUUGUAUUUUAAUUUCGCCAACAUCAAUGGAGUUGUUGGAGUACCUGCCAACAUUGUAGAAGCACUUCCAGAUGGAAUAUUUGCCAAUAUCGUACGUGCAUGUGUUAUUGCGGAAUUGGUGUGCUCCUUUCCUAUCCUUGCUGGUGCAGGCCUAAACGUUGUCGAAUCAUCUAGUACAUUCUUUCACCGACAUUUCUCUGCAUUUCCAGAGAAUGCCAAUAACAACAAGAUAACAGAAACCAAUUCCAAAGAAACCAAUUCCAAAGAAACUUUUAUUGCUGUUGGACAACCACAGUCCAAAACUAAAUUCUUGAGUCGCAAUUGGAAGUUUUACGUUAUUAGAGUUGUCAUUGUUGGUAUCUUGGCAGCUAUUGGUACUACCAUCAAGACAUUUGGUAGUUACACAUCACUCAUUGGAUCGUUGAUGUUGGCCGUUGCCGGGUUUGUCGUACCACCCCUUCUCUACAUUCGUUUCUUCCCCGACCAAACCAAACUAUCGAAAAUCAUUCACAUUGCCAUCACUGUAUUUGGUGUUGCUGCAACCAUUCUUGGAACUUAUCAAUCUAUUGACGCACUUGUAAAAGGUGAUCAAUCAGGAGCACAUUAA